AUGAAGACGCACAACAUCAGGACCCUCUCUCUCAUCCUCUCCAUCGUUUGCUACCUGCUGGUGGGAGCCGCGGUCUUCAACGCGCUGGAGUCCGAGCGUGAGGGGGACAGGCGGAAGGUCCUGGAGCAGAGGCUGGGCGAGCUGCAGAGAAAGUACGGCUUCAGCGAGCGCGACUACAGGCAGAUGGAGCGGGUGGUGCUGCUGGCAGAGCCGCACCGAGCCGGCAGGCAGUGGAGGUUCACCGGCUCCUUCUACUUUGCCGUCACUGUCAUCACCACGAUAGGUUACGGCCACGUUGCUCCUCAAACUGAUGCUGGCAAGGCCUUCUGUAUGUUUUAUGCAGUCUUGGGCAUUCCCCUGACGCUGGUCAUGUUCCAGAGCCUGGGCGAGAGGAGCAACACUUUCGUCCGCUACCUCCUGCGAAGAGCCAAGCAGGGUCUGGGCCUGCGGAAGGUGGAGGUGUCCAUGGGGAACAUGGUGCUGGUGGGUCUGCUGUCUUGCAUGAGCACUCUGUGUGUCGGAGCUGUGGCCUUCUCCCAUUUCGAGGACUGGACCUUCUUCAAUGCCUAUUACUACUGCUUCAUCACGCUCACCACCAUCGGCUUUGGGGAUUUUGUGGCCCUGCAGAGGAGAGAUGCGCUGCAGAAGCGACCCCCGUAUGUGGCUUUUAGCUUCAUGUACAUUUUGGUUGGGCUGACGGUGAUUGGAGCUUUCCUCAACCUGGUUGUCCUGAGGUUCCUCACCGUGAGCCCAGAUGAGCCUGAUGUGAGGCCUGACACAGGGGGAGAGGAGCAGGGACCACAGCCCAAAGACGUACAGGAGGACAGGGAGGUGUCGGACUCUGAAGGAGAAACUGCUGAAGCCCCUGAACCCAGCAGACUCAGAUACUUGUUCUCCUGCGUGUGCUGUGACAUUCACGACCGCCCCCCUCCGUCUCACUGUGACCAGGAGCGGGGCCACAGCAACCCUGUCUUCUACGACUCCAUCUCCUACAGGGUGGACCGGGCCUCGUGCAGCUCCUGCACCCUGUCUGCACAGGCCUCCCCGUGUAGCGUAAGGCUCUGCCUGGGCAGGAACAAUCUUCUCACCAGGAGGAAGUCAUUCUGA